AUGCACCCACAGGUGUCAAAGGCGGCUGGGGAGGCAGCAACAGCGGCCAAGGGGUCGUAUGGGACGGGAAUUGGGGAGGAAUGGAUGGCGUGGCUGCCAGUGGCAUGGGGCAUCAGGGAGCUCAUUGAGGCCAUGGCUGCAGGCGGCCAGCCAGCGCCCAAUGGAGUUAGGCAGCGGGCGGAUGGACAAGUCGUUGUGGAUGCCUUUCCCCUGGGGGUUGAGAGUCUGUUCUUUGGAGGAAUGAAGGGAGAGGUGUGGAUAGAGCCCGGCAAGCCGGCCUCUCAGGGAGCCAAUUACAGGGCGAAGGCUCAGGGAAAGAAGGCGGAAGGACAUGUGGCUUUGGUGUUGGGCGCCGGCAACCAAACGCCGGUGGCCUGCAUGGAUAUCCUGCACAAGCUGUUUGUCGAUGACGCCGUCGUUGUCUGCAAGAUGAACCCUGUCAACGAGUACCUGGGCAAAUUCAUCAGGCUGGCGUAUGCUCCCCUGGUGGAGGCUGGCUACGUGGAGAUUGUGUAUGGGGGCGCCAAGGAGGGCGCUUUCCUGACCAGCCACCCCAUCGUCAAAUCCAUUCACCUGACAGGCUCCUCUGCCACCUAUGACGCCGUGGUCUGGGGAAACCAAAAGAAGGUGGGGCAGCCGCCGCUGAAGAAGGAGGUGGGGGCAGAGCUGGGCUGCGUGACGCCCUAUAUCAUCACGCCGGGAGCAUGGAGCCAGGAUGACAUGGAGUACUAUGCGGACGAGAUUGUGGCGGGCCUGGUGCACAACGCUGGCCACAAUUGCACCAAGGCCGAGAUCCUGGUCACUGAUGCUGACUGGCCCCAGCGUGAGGCCCUCGUGCAGGCCAUCAGGCACGAUCCCACCCCCCAGCAUUUGGCGCGGCUGGACAGGGAACCCCGUCGGGUGGCGUGGUACCCCGGCAGCGAGAAGCGCGCAGCGGCAUUCAAGGCGGCCAUCCCGGGAGUGGAGGAGCUGGGGACUCAGGUCGACGGCGCCCCCUCCUCCUACAUCCCCUGGCUCUUCAAGUCCGGCCUGACGCCCGAGCAGGCGCGGACGGAGACGGAGAACUGGUGCGGGGCGCUGCAGGAGGUGGCACUGCCAGGAUCGGGGGGCCACCCGGAGAAAUUCCUGAAGGCAGCUGUUGCGUACGCCAACGACCGCUGCUGGGGCACCCUCUCCUGCUCCCUCAUGGUCCCGCCGGAUGUGUCUGCGGCGCAUGGGGAGGCGGUGGAGCGCGCGGUGGCGGCUCUGCGCUACGGCAGCGUAAACAUCAAUGUGGUCACCAUGCUGGGCUUUUGCGUCCCCAAGCUCACCUGGGGCGCCUACCCCGGCAACACACCCCGGGACAUUGGAUCGGGAAAUUGCGCGGUGCACAACACGCUGCUGCUGGACCACCCCCAGAAGAGUGUGCUGUGGGGCCCCUGGCGCUACUACCCCACGCACCUCUGGUCCCCCUCCAACCGCAACCUGGAGGCCGCCGUCCCUGCCGCCAUCUAUUUCCUCGCCUACCCUUCCAUCCUCACCCUCAUUCCCCCUGCCCUGGCGGCCCUGCGAGGCUGA